AUGAAAAACGCGAUAAGGUGCUGCUUAUCGUGCAUCCUCCCAUGUGGGGCCCUGGACGUGAUCCGUAUAGUCCACGCCAACGGCCGUGUCGAGGAGAUCUCCGGCACCGUCAAGGCUGCCGAGAUUAUGAAGCUCCACCCGAAGCACGUCCUCAAGAAGCCUUUCUAUCCCUCCGCCGCAUCCGAGGAGGGGGGCCAUAUGCGCCCCAAGAUCGCCGUUGUCCCACCGGACGCGGAUCUCAAGCGCGGCAAGAUCUACUUCCUCAUGCCCCUGCCGCCGCCGACGCCGGAGAAAUCCAGGCCGAGGCCGGCGGCGAAGAGGAAGGAUAAGGAGUCUCCGGGAGGAGAACGGAAAGGUGGGGCGGCCAGGAAUAGGAGGAAUAAUGUUGUUUCGAAUCUGGUGAUCUCCGAUUGCUACCUAAGUGAAAUUUUGUCGGAGAGGGUCUCCACGCGGCGGCGGGGUCGCGUCGGGUUUUGGCGGCCACAUUUGGAGAGCAUUUCUGAAAUUCCGGUGGAAGCUUAG